AUGAGGGAAAUAUUUGAAAUAACUGAACACCUUGGUCAAGCUUUACAGAAGAAAUCACAAGACAUAGUAAAUGCUAUUUGGCUUGUGAAAUCCACAAAGAUUCUUCUUGAGCAAAUGAGAUCAGAUGAUGGAUGGGAAACUUUCUACCUCACGGUUUUUGAGUUUUGCAUGGAACAUGAUGUUGUUGUUCCAAACAUGGAAGAAACAUACAUUUUGCGGGGUGGUCGUGCUCGUCGACAGCCUAAUCAUUUUACCAAUGAGCAUUAUUUUCGGGUGGAGAUAUUUCGUGCAACAAUUGACACUCAGCUAGCUGAAUUAACUUUGAAGUUCAAUGAGAAGGUGAUGGAUCUUUUGUCCCUUAGUGUUACAUUGAUACCAAAAAAUGGCUUUGCUUCUUUCCAAGCAACAGAGAUAUGCAAAGUGGUUGAGAAGUACUACCCAGCAGAUUUCAAUCAACAAGAAAUAUUUGGAUUAGAGGGUCAGCUGAAACAUUUUGUUGCUGAUGCAUCCAAGAGUGAAGAUAUGAAAAAUAUUGCAACCCUAGUGGAGCUUUAUCAAUGCCUUGUUCAGACUGGACGACAUAGGAUCCUCAACUUGGUUGACAGAUUGAUACGUUUGCUUGUUACUCUCCUAGCUUCAACAGCUAGUGCUGAGCGUGCUUUCUCUAUCCUGAAGAUCCUCAAGACAAGGCUACGCAACAAAAUGGAUGAUGGAUACCUUGCUAACAGCUUGUUAGUACAUGUCGAAGGUGAAACUGUAGGAAACUACACCUAUGAAGAUAUAAUCGCUGAUUUCAAGGAUAUGAAGGACAUAAGAGCAGACCUUUAG